UGAAAGUGGACAUCUGUCCACUUUUCGCCCACGGAGGUCUUCCGCCUCGUGGUGUGACUCGAGUUUAGACGCACCACAGGGUGUGUUUAUCUUUCUCGUUUGGAAAAGCAUCACGGAAGCGAAACCCUGAGUAACCGGAAGUGGUUGGAAGUGGGCGCAGCUUGCUGCUGGGAAGGUCUGGUCGGGGCGGCUCGGGGAUGCGGAGCGGUGAGCAAGGUUAGCCGCGAGGUUUAUCAGUAAGACGUCUUGGAGUGCAUCUUUUUGGCUAACGAAAAAUGGCUGCUCUUAAAAGUUUAGAAACGAAAGUGGCUCUUACUUCAACCCCAAUUCGAGGAGCAGGAGAUGGAAUGGAAACUGAGGAGCCACCUCAGUCUGUUGAGGUCACGUCUGGAGUCCAGUCCAUCAAGCACCAUAUCCUUCAGAGUCCACGGAAGAAAGCAGUCCCGUCUGAGAGCCCAGGAGUUCUUCAGCUGGGGAAGAUUCUUGCUGAAAAAGCAGUGGAGGUUGAAGCUGUGAGAAUAUUAGUUCCCAAAGCUGCUAUAAUUCAUGAUCUUCCUAAUAAAAAUACAAAGGUUAAAUCUCUGGGACAUCAUAAAGGAGAAUUGUUUGGUCAGCCAGAGGGAGCUAUAGAACCUAGGAAGGAACUCUCAGAGUUAAAGGUAAUAUUAGAAAAGCUUAAGAACUCUGAAAGGAGGCUACUGCAGGACAAAGAAGGUCUGUCAAACCAGCUCCGAGUACAGACAGAGGUAAAUCGUGAGCUAAAAAAGCUGCUGGUGGCUUCUGUUGGGGAUGAUCUUCAGUAUCACUUUGAACGUCUAGCCCGAGAGAAAAACCAGCUUAUUUUAGAAAAUGAAGCCCUAAGUCGAAGCACUGCUCAGCUUUCUGAACAGCUGGAACGUAUGUCAAUACAGUGUGAUGUAUGGCGAAGUAAAUUCCUCGCAAGCAGGGUCAUGGCAGAUGAGCUAACCAACUCAAGAGCCGCACUACAGCGCCAGAACCGCGAUGCGCACAGUGCGAUACAAGAUCUCCUGAGUGAGCGAGAACAGUUCCGUCUGGAGAUGACAGCCACUCAGAAAUUGUUGGAGGAACUCUUAAUUUCUCUGCAGUGGGGAAGAGAGCAGACUUACUCUCCUGUCGCACAGCCCCACAGCACAGCAGAACUAGCAUUAACAAAUCAUAAGCUGGCUAAAGCAGUACAUUCUCACCUCCUGGGAAACGUUGACAUUAGUAAGCCAAAGAAGAUAACAUCAACAGUUGAAUUCUGCAGCACCCCAGCUGAAAAAAUGGCUGAAUCGGUUCUACACAUUUUGGAUCCAGUUUCCUGCCCAGAAAACUGUCCUGAUAAUCCAUUUGCUGAGUCAUCUCCAACCACCUUACUUGCUACAAAGAAAAAUAUUGGACGAUUUCAUCCCUAUACUAGACAUGAAAAUAUAACUUUCAAUUGCUGCAAUCACUGCCAGGGAGAACUUAUUGCACUUUAACAUUUAAUAUGUUGGAGGCAUACUACAGGUACUGUCUUAUUACUCAAGGGUCAUUACUUGGGAGCUGGGCUCUUAUAAUG